AUGGCGACUCAGGACAGAAGUCCGUCGCUAAUUAUUGGUCAACAGUGGUCAGCACUGGCCGAGUUGGCGUCGCCCGGUGCAGAAAACGGUGCCGUCUGCGUGGACAAGGUUGAGAAGAACAAUUCAAACGAUAGUUACACUAUGAAGCUUGGCCGACAAGAUAUGGGACUGUUUGGGUUUUGCCCAUCCCGAGAUGAGUUCAGCCUUGUAGUGUGCGAGAAGUGCAACCUGCUAGUCAAACCUCAAGCACUGAAACGACAUAUAGAAUCUCGCCAUGGCCCAACAAAUCUCAGCAGUUUAGGGAAUAUCCCAGCUUCGGCACUCAACACAGAGCUUGGGAAGAAGCUGCUGAUGCCUUUACAGAAACAGUGCUUGGCCUCUUCCAAAGUUACGACUCCCAGUGACAGGCAGAUGAGUGGAACUUUCAAACCUGUCUCCUCAGGCUGGCUGCCCACAAAGGCCAGUCUGAAGCAGGUGCCAGCGUCGGUGAAGAACGUGGCAGCUCCAGUCCUUGGGGUCUGCAUGAAGAUUAGUCCCUUAAAAUCUGUGAAAUCCGGAAACAGAAUUACCCCACCGACAACAACAGCAGCAACAACGACGACAACCCCAACAUCAAAGUCCACAACAGCAACAACAGCGGCUGCCAGCACAGCCUCGAGCUCUGUGGUGAAAGUUGAUAAACUGGAAAAAACAUCCUCAGUAUCAACGUUAUCAUCAUUAUCAUCAAAACCUGAAACAAAAACUGAAGGUUCGUCAGCUCCAUCUGAGAUUUCAAAAAGUGUUCUUAAUCCGGACUCCUCUAGGAUAUCAACAUUGGUUAAUGGAUCCAUAAAAUCAGUGGUAUCUUUGACAACACCAUCAGCAACAACAACAACAAAUUCUCCUUCAUUAGUUUCAACACCAAUGUUGAUAGCUGUGACAAAACCGCUGACAAGCACCACUCUAAGUACAAAAUGUAUAACCACUUUUGUGAAUACAGUUUCAUUGACUAAGCCUGUAAUGAUUGCCCCGGUUACAGCUGUGAGCUGUGCCGGUGCUAUGGCAGUUCGGCCGGUUUCGGCCACUAAAAGUUCAAAAUCACCAAGGGAGCAAAAAGAACGGAAAUUUUUGCCAUGUAAAGAUCGAGAGUAUGAUGCCAAUAAACAUUGUGGAGUUGUAAUUUCGGAGACUGGCAAACAGUGUACACGAUCUCUGACUUGUAAGACUCAUACCUUAACCCUGAGACGAGCUGUGUCUGGAAGGAGGAAGUCUUUUGAUGACCUGCUGAAGGAGCACAAAGCUGCCAAGGACGUUCUUCUCAGGGCCAAGGCAGAAAGUCAGAAUGCAGCAGCUGCGUCCAGUGCUGCCACAUCCACAAACUGCAUUCAGCUCUCACCUGCAGCCAUCAGUUCAACACUAGUCCACGCUGCCGCUGUUGCAGGAGCUCCAAGAACUGUCAUGCCUUCCAGUACGAUAUCUCCAGCUGCAACAACUGUUAUGAAACCUCACCCAGUGUCAAAUGUGUUUCAGAGAUUCACGUCCACAGCAGUGUUACCUGCAGCCAUCACCGUCAAGGAGGAGACAGCAGCCCAGCAAGACCUGCUGACAAAACUUCCGCAGCCAUUCCCAGAAGUAUCCUCAGAUGCAAAAUGCCAUCAGAACUUUUUAUCACAUCACCCAAAGCCUAUUGCUAAUGCUCAGUUUGCAGGUCGGCUACAUGACCGAGGCUGCUUCCUUUUCUCCAGGAAGAUGGACUACAUUAGGGCAGCUUUACUUAGUGCGUUAGAACGGCAUUUGAAUCCUCCGCCCCACAAAAAACUUUGUGUGGAGUCAAACCUGCCGCAGGAAUGCCAGGUGUUGAGCACCUCUCAGGAUCCGUACGAGUUCAACAUGGUGGACACCAGCCAGGGAGCUGCUUUCGCCCUCAGCAACAGUCUAAUCAAUGCAACAAAGACAACCACCAAACCCAAAUCAAAACUACCCACAUCACCAGUGUCGGCCUCUGCCCCGGAACCUCCGUCGUUGUGCAUCUCAUCAGGAGCAGUUGCAACACCAUUAUCGUUGUCCACAUCCUCUUUCUCUACGUUGUGUGUUGCACCUGUUGUAGUCUCGUCGGCGCCGUCCGCCAGUUUUGCUUUAAACUGGCCAGUGAAGUCUCGGGAGAUUUUGACCUCUCGCAGUCCUUCUGCCUAUCCCUCCCCUGUCCUCUCGUCGGCACCUGUCACAAAUCCGGGCAAAAGAAAACGCAGCGGAAGCAACACUGGCUCCAGCAAUCAUCUGAUGGCAGUUGCCAGUGGCAACGGAGCCUUACCGUUAACACCUGCCAUAUCAGUAUCCGUGUCACCAGCCAACAUAGCACCUGGCACGGUUCAGCAAACUAGCCUAACUGGCAUCAUGACACCCACUAGUUUAAACAGCCACCACACAGGGAACUUGAUAGCCAUUCCUAGUGUCAGUCUUGGGCAGCUGAAUGCUGCCACGCUCGGCACGGCCAAAUUUACCACUGCUGCCAGUGGUACGUCCACAACAUCGGCAAUUAAGAACAACAUUUUCAAGGAUUUUAACCUAGUCUUAACAGGUGUUGAUCCGUCCCUGAUGAACGGGCAGUAUGUAAAUAUCACUGGAGCCCAGUUAGCAGAAUUAGCCGCACACCAGGGACAGACAUUUUUCUUGAACAGUUUACCUCCAGGUGGCGCCAACAGCUCGACACAUGCAUUGGGUAAUCCCAGUAGCCUGAACCUCCCCACCUCAAGAUCGGCAAAGAGAAGCCGCAACUCUGGACUUAAGUUCCAUCAAACACUUUCUAACUCUGCUAAACUCACUGCAAGCACUUUGGAAGGGUUAAAGCUCAUUCCUAGUAGCGGAGUUCUAACAUCCAGUGCCGUCCUUGUGGAUAGUAAUAGUCUACAGAGUGCCAUGCUGACUUCUGUUGCCCUAGGUACAGGCGGCACCACACCAGCCUUGGUGGCAAUCAACCCCUCCACUGCCAACAGCGACCCAGCUGCCGGCAUCCCCACACAGGUUUCAUCACUGGUAUGUCAUUUACCCCUAGGUGGCGCCAACAGCUCGACACAUGCAGUGGGUAUUCCCAGUAGCCUAAACCACCCUACCUCAAGAUCGGCAAAGAGAAAAAACUCAAACAGUCAGCACCACCACCUGCAUCCAUCAUCUUCUAAGGCACAUCCUCAUCAUCACCACCACCAUCAGCACAACAAAGCCCCGCAACAACAAAGCAUCGCUCUCGGCAGUGUGCUACAGACUUCUCCCUCCAUCGCCGUCCCCAUCCAGUCCGGCUCAGCGGCCCAGCUGUGCUCCAGCCAAGCCAUCUUCAAACCAGGUGGAACAUUUAGCCUGGCCACAAAAACUGUGGGCGGCAAGCUAACCAUGCAACCGGUGUCUUUGACAUUUCCCAUCAGUAUAAACCAGGCUGGUCUUGCGGCUUUAACCUCGGGGAAGCCCCCCCAGCAACAGCAGCAGCAGCAGCAGCACCCUCAGCAUACGCUGUUAGUCACAACAAGUGCUGGAGGAGGGGAUGUUGAUUCAGCAGGUGUGUGA